CUGUGGGCAGAGCCGGGAGCAGGGAAAGCCGGGCCGGGAGAGAGGCAGCUCACGGGGCCGGCUGAGUCACCCCGAGCCUAUAAAAGCCGGGCCGAGCAGCCGGAGCCGCUCGGAGCGAGGCACCGGGACUGUCGGACAGACCUUGCAAACUACAGGCACCUCGGAGAAGGAUGUUGUCCCCCUUGCUCAUCCUCCCUCUGCUGCUGGGGACCACAGCACUCAGCCCUGUGAGCAGAGCAGCUUCCAGGGAUGUCACCACCUUUUUCCAGCUGGCUCAGGAGGACACUUGGGAGAAUGUUAAUGUCACCAGCAUGUCCUGUGAGGAUCAGAAGAACAGGACCUGGAUCACCCUGCAGCUGACCAACAGCAGCCUGACAGCUUUCCCAGUCUGCCUUCCAGAGGCCCUGCAGAGCCUGGAUCUCAGCAAUAACCUCUUGCAGGAGGUGAAUGGCACAGAGAUAGCAAACCUGCCCCAGCUGCGUGUCCUCUCGCUGAGGCACAACCACCUCUGGGCAGUGAGGUGGGGAUCUGAAACCCUCAGCAGUCUCCUCAAGCUGGACUUGAGUUUUAACAAGCUGUCAUCUGUGCCAUCCUGCCUCGGCUCUGCCCUGCCCAACCUGAGGUGGCUGUCCCUGGCUGGCAAUCCCCUGAUGGAAAUCCAGCCACUGGCUUUUUCCUGCUACCCUCAGCUGCAGGUCCUGAACCUCUCUGUGACGCUGCUGGGGCAGGAUGCCAGCAGGGGAAUCAGGGACUCUGCUUUUGCCAUCAGCACAGAUCCCCACGAGGCCAUGGACAGGCCUGGAAACUCCAUCGAGGUGCUUGAUCUGAGCAGGACCUUUCUUGAGACAAUUCGACCAGAGUGGGCCAGAGGCUUGGCCAGCCUCAGAUCACUUUACCUGACAAACAUGCCACGGUUAAGAAGCCUCAACAGCGACUUCCUCAGGUCCCUGCCUGGUCUCCGAGAGCUGCACUGUCAGGACUCCCAUUCCCUGGGCUUUGUGCAGACAGAGGUGUUUGACAGUGCUCCUCACCUGAGCCAUCUCUCAUUUGAGAACUGUAACCUGAGUUCCUUUAAUCCUUGGAACACCAAUUCAUCGGAUGGCAUCACCAUCAACUUGCACGGGAAUCCUCUGCUGUGCAGCUGCCGGCUCUCCUGGCUGCUGUCCACGCCCCAGAAAGUUGUUCUGCAAAAGGCUCGGGAGACCUUUUGUACAUCCCAGGAAGAUUCGGGCAGACCUUCAACAUCUUUUUCACUGCUGGAGCUCUACAACAAGUGUCAGUCAGAGAGCAACGUUACACAGCCCGACUCAAACACAGCCCUUCCUGAGGGUGAUGCUUUCAGCUUCUCCAGCCAUGAUGCCUCUGCUGCAGUAACAGACUCAGCCCUGCUGACCACAGAUCUGACUCACACCAGCUCCCUCAUCCAGAGGGGUGUGGGGAGCACAGCAACAUCCAACCCAAUGCCAACCAAAGACACCCAUACCAGCUCUCUAAUCCAGAGGGAUAUCAUGAGCACUGCAGCAUCCAACCCAAUGCUAACCAAAGACAUCCAUACCAGCUCCCUCAUCCAGAGGGAUGCAAGGAGCACAGCAGCAUCCAACCCAACGGAGCCCAUCCUAACAAAGGCCAACAGUUCCUCCCACGAGGAGGAGGCAGUUUCUGAACCCACAAGCAGUCCCCCUUCCUUGGCAUCUGUAACCUCCUUCCCAGUUUUUUUCCAAGAGUUCUUUGCUCAGUCCCCAGACCACAGCUCGCCAAGUCCAGCUGGAACAGAACAGCUCCAGACAGAGCUCAGAACAACUCACAUGACAUUCCCUCGGGAAGGGACACUCAAUCAGAGCACCAGUGCCUAUUCCACUGGAGGAACAGGAGUCCCCCACAGCACCAGCCACCACAGCCGCUCCUCUGCCACCCCUGCCAGGCAAGGUGCCCCCCAGACGAGCCCCCCAGAGCUGAACCCCACGAGGAGCAGCGCCCCCUCAAGGGCUGUGCCCACCACGCCAUCCCCACACUACACCGAUGACUACGACUAUGAAGAGCCCAGGGAGGAAGGCCCAGUGCAGACAGCCCAGGCUGCCUGUGACUACGAUCCCUGCAGGCACCUGCAGAAGCCGUGCAAGGAGCUCCAGAACAUAUCCCAGUGCUCAUGUCCUGGCACUUCCAGGGAAGAUGAGGUUCCAGACCCCCCCAGGCUCAGGGCAGUGAUUGAGGUCACCGACAGCUCCGCACAGAUCCGCUGGUGUGCCCCAAACUCCGUUGUUCACAGCUAUGAGCUGAUGCUUCGUGCCCAAGACAGCGAGGACAGGCAGUUUGUCAUGGACAACAUCUACCCCACGGCCAGGCAGUACACCCUGUACAACCUGCUGCCAUUCACCACCUACCACAUCUGUGUCACUGCCUCCAACAAGGCAGGGUCAAGCCAGACCACAACAGGCCAGGAAAUUCCAGGUAAUUCGUGCACCAGCUUUAAAACAAAACCCAGCUACAAGUAUGUUUUUGCUGGUCUGUCUGCAGCAAGUGGACUCUUUCUCAUUACCACAAUUAUUUUGUCUGUAUGUCUGUGCAAGGCGUGUAAAAAGCCUCAGAGUGAGCAGUAUGGCACACACUUAGUCUCCUACAAGAACCCAGCAUUUGAUUAUCCCUUAAAAGUACAGACCACGAAUUAGCUCUGGGUGAUUGUUCUAUACAAUCAAAGUUCACUAUCUCCAUCGCCUUGGUGUGUUUUUAUGAGACUCUGAAAGUGUCCUUCAGCAAAACUAUGAACCAGCAGAUUCCAUAACCCUGACAUUUCUAAGGGAGAGAAAACCACCAAAAAAAAGAGAAAAACUAAUAAUGAAGUUAGUCAACCAGAAAAAAGUCUUUGGACUCCUGUUCCUGUGCUAAGCAGCAGCAAGCCUGGACGCCAACCUUGAAAAGUUGUUUUUGUAAUCACCUGCAAAUAGAGUAGCAUGAAUUUCACCCAGUGAGAGGCUGCCUGGCCAGCUGUCUGCCUCCAGUAUCUCUCAUGAGCACAGUCAGAGGAGAGCUGCAAUCCAAGGUGCAUUAAGCUUAGCAAGAUGUACUCUGCUUUUACUCACAGAGCAAAGCUGGGGGUUCAGUUUUUAAAGGUAUUAUCCAUAGAGAGAGUAUAGCUGAAAGGAGUGAGGGGGCUCAGUGACAAGGUGUUGUGCAGAUCUAACUCCUCUAAGCAAAUGCAGAUGAUCAACCUAACUUCAGGACAAAGAAACAUGAAAUUUAAUUGUAGUCACAGACUGUGUGGAAUCCUUAGGGCAGGGGUAAUUGUUUUGUUCUGACUUUUUAUGAUGUUGUCCACAGCUGAGCCCCCAACAGUGACCCACACAAGGGGGAGGGCAGCAUGUUGACAUUUGCUUCCCAGUGGAUUUUAGGCAGAGAGGAUGUUCCGUCCCAAUCAUCCGUCCCAUCUACAGAUUUAGCAGCUGAUUUACCUCAUACAGAGGCAAAGAGCCAAGCAAUGAAGCAAUUGAAUGUGUGUGCUGCUGAGGCUUGAAAAACCCAAAUCCCCUGCACUAGCAGCAGACAGCUCUGCAGACACCUUUCAAAUGAACUCUUGGGUGCCAAUUUCUGUACAAUAAUACUGAGAAAUGCUGACAAUCCCAACUUUGAGCUUGCCAUUGGAAUCCAGAGAGGUGUCCCAAUCUGGUAUUUCCCCAGGCUCCAGUUCCAGGAGCUGCCUUCUCCUGCUGCUGUACAGACACAGUGCAUAAACCCCCUGGACUCUGAGGGGAAGGUGCUGUAAUGUGUAAAAGAGUCCCUGUUCCAUUCUUUUGGGGUUUGUAAUGCUUUCAGUAUUACUGAAAUAAAAGCCACAGAGCUACAUUCUGAUUUUUUGUUAAAGACAUGGAUCUCGGUGUUUUCUUUACCAUCUGCAGUGUUUGGCCUGAGAAAUUAACUCCUUUUGUUGUUUUGGAAUGAACUUUCAACAUGUAGUAAAGAAAUGUUUUUAUGAUAUUA